UCAUAAAAUAUAAGUUUUUGUUUAAUUGAACAUUGAAAAGUAUUGCAAUUUGUUUGAUUCCCUAUUUUGUAUAAGUUCUUGUUCUUAUUUUAGAAGAAACAUGGAUAUUUCAAAAGUACCACACGAAAAGAAACUCUACUUGUGCCGAUGGUAUUUUAAAGCUGGCUUCGCUCUACUCCCCUUUGUUUGGGCAAUCAACUUCUUUUGGUUCUUCAAUGAGGCAUUCCGCAAGCCUGCUUACAAGGAACAAACUGAUAUUAAAAAAUAUGUGAUAUACUCGGGUAUUGGAGCAUUUGUUUGGCUAAUUGCCAUCAUAGCUUGGGUUUCAGUAUUUCAAUCGAAACGUGCCGAAUGGGGAGCAACUGCUGACUAUAUGAGUUUCAUCAUUCCUCUAGGAAGAGCAUAAAGAAAAUCAAACAAUAAGCAACAUUCCUUUCAUAAUAAUGUAACAUUUUUAUUUAAAAUCCUAAAAAAACACUAAAACAAAACUAC